CUUGAUUUUUACCCGUGAACAUCGAAACAGUCUCAUAGUGCUAAGUGGUCUACACCUUUAAGAUCACGUGAGAAAAUGGCCUUCAAAUUGGCGAUAAUUUUUUGUGCCAUUGCGGCACAAACUUUUGGCGCACCAAAGCCUUGCUACACCAAUUGCGCUACAUCAGGAUCUACCUUCAGCCAUGAAUCCAUGACUGGUAUAAGCACCCACGGGAACUUCAUGGCUCAGCAAAAUGCUGCCUUCCAGCAGCUUCACCAGAGCCUCAUGAAUCAACUGCAAGAGGCGCAUCAUUUGGAUUACAGUCAGCCAGGGACAUGGCAGAAAAACGCGGCUUACAAAACCGACGAUGGUGCACAAGUUUACCAAGAGCACGGUAAAGUUGAAACUGAUAACGCCCAGAUGCGCUACUUCAAGAAGAAUUACACAAAAUCAUGGGGAUCUGGAGGUGGUGGACUGAGCAACGAUCUUUUGAGCACCCAAGGACGCUUGACUGGCGGUGGAUACUCAGGUGGUUCAAGUCACCACGAGUCGCACCAUCAGAACUGGGAGAUCAAUUCCAACGGUCAACACUCACAGAACAUCGAAGAUCUUGGUGUCCAGCAGAUACCAACAACCCAAGUAUCCAAUAAUGUUAUCCGUAAUUUCGAGGAAAUGGCAAGAAACCUUGAGUCUUACAUCAGCCAGUGCACAGAACGCGUGCAAAUGGGUCAGCUGAGUAAUUAUCAAUCAUACACUGAUGUCGUUCAACAGCACUUGGACCAGAUGAAACAAACAAUCCGCGAUAAUGGAUUGUGGAAUAGAUUAAUUGGGCAGAUUAAUUCCCUUGAGACUAAGCUGAAUGAAUUGAAAGUGCAGGCUCAGCAUUCCGCCAAUCUCAUUCAUACUGGAUCAACAUCGAGUCAUGGUUCUAACACGGUAGUGGCAUCAGGUGUUCAUCAACCUGUUAUCACACAGGUUCCAGUUGGAGAAUCGAUUCGUCAGGAUGAGGAGUACAAGGGGCGCGUUAGCAUGACGAGCAGUUAUCCCGCACCAAUUCAGAGCGUUCCUAGUCAGAGCCAGCAGUACGCUUCGGGUGCGUCAGGCGGAUAUCAACAGUCGUAUCAAUACGGGUCACAUGGUCAGAGUGGUUACGUAAGUAGCAGUCAAGAUUUGUCGAGCGGUGCUAAUCAACAUGGUGAUUACACCCAGCAUGCUGGUUACGGCCAGCAGGCAGGUGGUCAGUCAUACGCUCAAGGUCAUACUGGAUAUGGUCAGAGUACUGCUGAUUAUACCCAGGGUACUGUCGGAUACAAUCAACAUAAUGCUGGAUACAGUCAGCACAAUGCUGGAUACAAUCAGCAUAAUACUGCAUACAAUCCACAUAAUGCUGGGUACAAUCGGCAUAAUGCAGAAUAUAAUCAGCAUAAUGCGGGAUACAAUCAGCACACCGAACAAGUUUAUCCAGUCCACACAUCUCCGGCUAAGACAGUCGAAGAGAGCUGGAAUGCAUCAGGCAGUCGUAAAGAAACUACUUAUGGUGCUUCACAUGUUUUAGAACCCAUUCGCAGUGCAGGUAGCCGUUGCAGAGGGGCUGACGGCCAGUACAACAGCUGGUGUACCUCGAACAGCGGUCAAACCGAGAGCAUCAAUUAUGGAGGGCAAGGAUCUGGGUGUCAAGGUGCUGCAUACGGAACGCUGUGUAAAAGGUAUAAGAGAGAGAAUAAAGACGACUUUUCCCAACAGACUGAAGAUUUGACCCAACAGACUGAGGAUUUGACACAACAGACUGAGGAUUUGACUCAACAAACUGAGGAUUUGACGCAACAGACUGAGGAUCUCAGUCAGCAUGUUGGUAGUUUGCAAGUGGGUAGUCAGCGUGGGGAUCAGGGGGGGAAUAAGCAAAAUGUUCAGGGAGGUACUGAUUUCAACGACCAAUCGGGGAGUAUUGAAUUUGGAAAUCAGUACGGGCAGCGUCGGGAUAGAAAUGGACAUCGUGGACAGGGAGUUCAUGGGCAUGAGCAGCAUGGACACGAUGAUGGAGAUCAGGAUUAUACUCAACAGACUCAAGAUUCUGAUAACUUCUCUCAUCAACAUCAGCACCAUGGACGUGGACAUGGUCACCAUGGGCAUGGACAUCGUGGACAUGGAGUUCAUGGUCAUGAGCAACAUGGACAUAAUGAUGGAGAUCAAGAUUUUACUCAACAGACACAGGGUUUUGAAGACUUUUCUCAGCAGCAGACUGGAAACUUCGGUUUUGAAAGUCAUCAUCAACACGGACAUCAUGGCCAUGGUGUUCAUGGUCACGAACAACAUGGACACAAUGAUGGAGAUUAUAGAUAUAAUCAGCAAGGAGGUCGAUUUGAUUACUCUCAACAGCAAUCAGGGAAUUCGCAAUUGGGACAACAGCAGAUCCAACAAUCUGGUGGUACUGGAUUUGAUCAGCAAAACCAUCGUAAUCAAGGACGAGGAUCUUACGGGGGUUACAGUCAGCAGACUGAGGAUUUGACUCAACAGACUCAAGGUUUCGAGGAUUUGACUCAACAACAGACGACAGACGGUUUCGGAUUUGGUCAACAGAAUCAACAACCUGAUCACUCUGGUCGAUAUGGAGGAUAUUCUCAGCAAACACAAGAUUUCAAUCAACAACAGACAACUGGAAAUCAUCAAUUUGGACAACAACAGACAGGAAAUCAACGUGGAAGUUCUGGUCAUUAUGGAGGCUACAGUCAGCAGACCGAAGACUUAAGUCAACAAACUCAAUCCUUUGGGGACUUAACUCAACAAACAGGAAACUACGGUCAGCAAACCGAAAACUUGAACCAACAGACUCAAUCCUUCGACGAUUUGACACAACAAACGACUGGAAAUGUUGGCUUUGGGCAGCAGCAAACAGGAAACCUUCAGUCUGGAAAUCAACGAAGAAAUCCUGGUCGUUACGGAGGUUACGGUCAGCAAACUGGAGACUUGAAUCAACAAACCCAAUCCUUCGACGAUUUGACUCAACAAACAACUGGAGAUCUCGGUAUCGGACAAAAACCGUCAGGGAACCUUCAGUCUGGAAAUCAACGAAGAAAUCCUGGUCGUUACGGAGGUUACGGUCAGCAAACUGAAGACUUGAGUCAACAAACUCAAUCCUUUGGAGAUUUGAUGCAGCAAACAACUGGAAACCUUGGCUUUGAACAACAACAGACAGGAAACCUCGAAUUUGGGAAUCAGCAACGGGACUUGAGUCAACAGACACAAUCCUUCGACCAUUUGAUUCAACAAACAACUGAGAAUCUUGGCUUUGGAAACCAACUUGAAAAUUCUGGUCAUUACCGAGGCGAUGGUCAACAAACCGAAGACUUGAGUCAACAAACUCAAUCCUUCGGUGAUUUGACUCAACAAACAACAGGAAAUUUUGGCUUCGAACAACAGCACACAGGUAGGCUCGAAUUCGGGGAUGAGCAGCGUGAUUUGAAUCAACAAAUUCAAUCCUUCCCUGGUUCGACCCAGCAAUCAGAUCCCCUCGCGGUCGGCAACGAGCGUCCAGCUCCAAAGCCCCCAGUAAGGGGUCAAGUCAGAAACGGAGGGCGUGCUGAUUCCACCGCAGCCCAAGACACCCCCCUGACCCCAGUUAAAGGCGGCAGAAGACGCCCAGCCCCACAGAACACCUACCCCCAACCAUCCCAAAACUCUGACGCCCUCGGGGUAAUAUCAAUCGAAGACCAACUCCAACAGACCACUGGCACCCAGUGGCAUAACUCUCAUCAACCCAGUGACUUAACAAAUGAAAAUUACCAACAGGGAACCCUCGAUGGCUCUCAAAAUCCUCAAAUCUCACACAAUGAACAACAAAACGCGACAGACACUGAAAUACUAUUUCAGCCUCGUAUUCUCGAGGCUUAUGGCGGCAAAGGCCCCUACGACGUCAACCACAAUGACAAUAUAUUCUCGGGGGUUAAACCCAAUCCAACAGCAACAUUAUCACCAAUGUCCGACUCUUGGGAUAUUCGAGAAAAACCCAAUGAUAUAGCUCACAGAAAUAAUAAUUAUCCAACAUUUGCAGGAGCACCCGAUCGAGCACCAAGGUAUGAUUGGGAAGAAACGACAACAACAACGACUCCUGCACCUGGAUUCUGGAAACGAGUUGGAAAUAAAAUCGCCACGACGUACGAGAGAACUAAGGAAAAAAUCACCUCUUCGUUAGGAUAGUUUAUCUUUCGAUUUUGGGGCAAAAUGGACAUGUGAUUUUUUCAAAUGUGAAUGACGCGUUGAAUUGUUUAUGAAAGGGAAAAUUUUUUUCCGUGGAAAUUAUAACUCUUCUCCUUUGCAAAUGACCCUAGGCUGAGAUUAAUUGAUAAAUCUACUUCUGAGUUAUGAACAUUGAACAAAGACAAUUGUGCCCAUUAAGGGCACUUCGGUUUUCGAAUUCGAUUUUUCUAUCCAACUUACUCUAUUGAGAUAUUUUUUUACAGAAAUUUCUCAAUACAAAUUUGUCAUUUUGUUGUUUGAUUUUCUUGAUGAAAAUCAAAGAAAAAUAGCAGGAAAAAAACUUAACAAAUGUGAGCCAAGAAAAUUCUAUAGAAAAUAUCUAAAUAGAAUAAAUUGUAUAGAAAAAAUUGAAUCUUAUUUACUUUUUCUAU